AUGGCCACCUCAGCAAGUUCCUACCUAAACAAAGGCGUCAAGCAGGUGUACAUGUCCCUGCCUGAGGGUGACAAACUGCAAGCCGUAUAUAUCUGGAUCGAUGGUACUGGAGAAGGACUGUGGGGCAAGACCGGUACCCUGGACUCUGAGCCCAAGUGUGUGGAAGAGUUGCUCGAGUGGAAUUUUGAUGGUUCUAGUACUCUACAGUCUGAAGGCUCCAACAGUGACAUGUUUCGGGACCCCUUCAGCAAGGACCCCAACAAGCUGAUGUUCUAUGAAGUUUUUAAGUACAACAGAAAGCCUGCAGAGACCAACUUGAGGCACACCAGUAAACGGAUAAUGGACAUGGUGAGCAACAAGCAACCCUGGUUCAGAAUGGAGCAGGAAUAUACUCUCAUGGGGACAGAUGGUCACCCCUUUGGAUAGCCUUCCAAAGGCUUCCCAGGGCCCCAGGGUCCAUAUUACUGUGGUGUGGCAGCAGACAAAGCCUAUGGCAGGGACAUCGUGGAGUCUCAUUACCGGGCCUGCUUGUGUGCUGGAGUCAAGAUAGUGGGAACUAAUGCCAAGGUCAUGCCUGCCCAGUGGGAAUUCCAGAUCAGAACCUGUGAAGGAAUCAGCAUGGGAGAUCAUCUCUGGGUGGCACGCUUCAUCUUGCAUCGUGUGUGUGAAGACUUUGGAGUGAUUGCAACCUUCGACCCUAAGUCCAUUCCUGGGAACUGGAAUGGUGCAGGCUGCCACACCAACUUCAGCACUAAGACCAUGCGGGAGGAGAAUGGUCUGAAGUACAUUGAGGAGGCCAUCGAGAAACUAAGCAAGCAGCACCAGUACCACAUUUGUGCCUACGAUCCAAAGGGAGGGCGGGACAGUGCCCGGUGCCUUACUGGAUUCCAUGAAAUCUCCAACAUCAAUGACUUUUCUGCUGGCGUGGCCAACCAUAGCGCCAGCAUCCGCGUUCCCCGGACUGUCGGCCAGGAGAAGAAGGGUUACUUUUUUUACCAUCGCCCGUCUGCCAACUGCGACCCCUUUGCGGUGACAGAAGCUCUUAUCCACACAUUUCUUCUCAACGAAACUGGCGAUGCGUCCUUCCAGUACAAAAGUUAA